AUGAAUCUCAACAUCUUCAAGAAGAAAACUUCGCCUAAAGAGGCGCUGAGGACCAGCAAAAGGGAAAUGACGGUUGCCACAAGAGGAAUUGAACGUGAGAUUGCAUCUUUGCAAAUGGAGGAGAGGAAAUUAGUAGCAGAGAUCAAGAAAACAGCGAAAACAGGAAAUGAGGCUGCCACUAAAAUCUUAGCUCGUCAACUCGUUCGACUCAGACAGCAAAUAACAAAUUUGCAGGGCAGUCGAGCUCAGAUCAGAGGUGUGGCUACUCAUACACAGGCCCUAUAUGCAACCACGUCGAUUUCGACUGGUAUGAAAGGUGCUACUAAAGCUAUGACUGCUAUGAACAAGCAAAUGGAACCAGCAAAACAAACUAAAAUGAUCAGAGAAUUCCAGAAACAGUCAGCUCAGAUGGACAUGACGAUCGAGAUGAUGUCUGAUGCAAUUGACGAGACACUAGACAAAGAUGAGGAGGCUGAAGAAGAAACUGAAGAACUCACUAACCAGGUGCUUGAUGAGAUUGGUGUUGACAUAGCAUCCCAGUUAUCUUCAGCUCCGAAAGGAAGGAUUGCAUCAAAGAAAGUGGAAAAUGCUGCACCUAGUGCUGCUAAUGUAUCCGCUGAUGUUGAGGAGCUGGAGAAAAGGCUGGCCUCUUUGCGACGUAUAUGA